UAUUGUGUACACAACUAGUGUCCAGGAAGCCGAACACAAAGCCGGCUUCGUUUCACUUCCAAAACUUCUCUCUCUCUUUCAGUCAUCACUGUUUGGCCUAUCCCAACUCGAAGUCUUUAUCUUUUUUGGAUUCACUUGUUUUUGUUUGGUGUGUCUGCGAGAUGCAUAGAUGCUUAUUGGGAUAUGAACCGUUGAUUGUGUGUGAAUAAACUGAUUUUUUUUCUUUUGUCUCUUUAUUUUUGGGGAAGAGAAGGAUUUUGAUUUGAUUUAAGGAGAUGGGUUGUUUUUCUUGUUUUGAUUCGAGGGAAGAAGAGAAUUUGAAUCCAGUUAAAGAAUCUGAUCAUCAAAAGCAAGGCCAACCUACUGUUUCUAAUAACAUUUCGGGGUUGCCUUCUGGAAGAGAGAGACUCAGAUCAAGAAGCAAUGGAGGAUCCAGAAGGGAAUUGCCAGUUCCCAAGGAACUUCCUGGCGGUGCCAAUAUCGCAGCUCAAACAUUUACUUUCCGUGAGCUUGCAGCUGCAACCAGGAAUUUCAGACCAGAAUGUUUCAUAGGGGAAGGGGGUUUUGGACGUGUGUACAAAGGGCGGCUUGAGAGCACUGGUCAGGUUGUUGCAGUCAAGCAAUUGGAUAGAAAUGGCCUUCAAGGUAAUAGGGAAUUUCUGGUGGAGGUGCUCAUGCUCAGCCUCCUUCAUCACCCAAACCUAGUGAACCUGAUUGGAUAUUGCGCUGAUGGGGACCAGCGGCUUCUUGUAUAUGAAUUUAUGCCCUUGGGAUCUUUGGAAGAUCACCUUCAUGAUCUUCCACCAGACAAGGAACCACUUGAUUGGAACACAAGAAUGAAGAUAGCAGCUGGAGCAGCCAAAGGUUUGGAAUUUCUGCAUGAUAAAGCAAACCCUCCAGUUAUUUAUAGAGACUUUAAGUCCUCCAACAUAUUACUUGAUGAAGGAUUUCAUCCGAAGCUUUCUGAUUUUGGGCUUGCAAAGCUUGGUCCAGUUGGAGACAAGUCACAUGUUUCCACAAGAGUUAUGGGAACAUAUGGUUAUUGUGCCCCUGAGUAUGCCAUGACUGGACAAUUGACAGUGAAAUCUGAUGUCUAUAGUUUUGGGGUAGUCUUCUUGGAGCUGAUUACUGGACGAAAAGCCAUUGACAGUACUCAACCCCAUGGAGAACAGAACCUAGUCUCAUGGGCGCGUCCGUUGUUCAAUGAUCGAAGGAAAUUUGCUAAAUUGGCUGAUCCACAACUUCAGGGCCGGUACCCAAUGCGUGGUCUCUACCAAGCUCUAGCUGUGGCAUCAAUGUGCAUCCAAGAACAGGCUGCCACUCGCCCUCUGAUUGGGGAUGUGGUCACAGCCCUCUCUUAUUUGGCAAACCAGGCAUACGACCCUAAUACAGCUUCACACGGCUACAGAGGUUCUGGGGAGAAGGAUGAUAGAAGAAGCAGGGAUGACAGAGGUGGAAGAAUAUUAAGAAAUGAAGAGGGGGGAGGAUCUGGACAAAGAUGGGACUUGGAAGGGUCAGAGAAGGAAGACUCUCCAAGAGAAACUGGUAGAAUGUUAAACAGGGAUUUAGAUAGAGAAAAAGCUGUUGCUGAGGCCAAAAUGUGGGGAGAGAAUUGGCGAGAAAAAAGGCGACAAAGUGCCCAAGGCAGUUUCGAUGGCAAUAACGGGUAGUUUUUACCACUCCUAGCAAUCUUAUCAGACAGUGGAGGAUACAUUGGAAGCUUAGCUAUAAUUCCAGCGGGUUCAUCUGGACAGCUUGACAAUGCUUCUCUCCUGAGUGGGCAUCGUAAGAGACUUGGUGCAACCAUCUUUAAACUUUUUUUCUUUCUGUUUAUCGUUUUUUAUUUUCUUUGAUUGGAACAUAGAGGACGAGGAUGAUUAUGAUUCUGUAAAAGAGUGUACAUUAUCUGCUAGGAGAGUGAAAGCAGAACAAGACGUAUUUAUAAAAAUUUUGAGAGUAAACGCGUCUUGCUCAUCUUGUGCUUCUUCUCACCCAUGUCCUCUGUGUCUUUUUGUCUUCUUCAAAGUACACUUUACCAACAACUUUACAUAAUUUUAUCAAGCAAUUUCGUGUAUUA